GCAAAAGCGGAGGGCGCGCGGGCGCGCGCGUCCCCUCCCAUCCCCCACCUGGCUAAGGAGGCGGCACCAUGGCGGCGCCCUUGCCCCCGCCGCGACCCGUCACCCACCUCAUCUUUGACAUGGACGGCCUCCUUCUGGGGUGUAUAAUAAAAAAUUGGUCCUCAGCUCAGAUUUCUGGCCUUUGCCCUGGGAAGUAACUUCUGGAAUUUCCCAGGGUGACUGGCAUGUUUUUGUUUUUCCUGGUGGACCUCUUGAUAGUUGACGCCACUGUGAUGACUCAGGAUGGCCUGCUCAAGAAAGACCGACUCAACUCCGUGAUUAGGGGAUUGGGGCUUCUAGCUUUGUUGUAUCAUCCCCACCUCCAGGGAGAUACCGAACGGCUCUAUUCAGUGGUGUUCCAAGAAAUAUGUGGUCGCUAUGACAAGCAGUACACCUGGGAUGUAAAAUCCCUUGUGAUGGGGAAGACGGCGUUAGAAGCGGCACAGGUGAUCAUCGAAGUCUUGCAGCUUCCAGUGACCAAAGAGGAACUGGUGGAAGAAAGCCAAACGAAGUUGAAACAGCUCUUCCCCACGGCGGCCCUGCUGCCAGGUGUCGAAAAACUCAUCCACCACCUACGAAAAUACAACAUACCUUUUGCUCUUGCUACCAGCUCAGGGUCCGCAUCGUUUGAAAUGAAAACAAGUAGUCACAAAGAGUUCUUCAGUUUGUUUCACCAUAUCGUUUUGGGAGACGAUCCUGAAGUGACGAGUGGCAAACCCGAUCCUGCCAUAUUUCUAACUUGUGCCAAGAGAUUUUCUCCUUCUGCUCCUGUAGAGAAGUGCCUUGUGUUUGAAGACGCUCCCAACGGGGUGGAGGCAGCCCUGGCAGCUGGCAUGCAGGCGGUCAUGGUCCCCGAUGGGAACUUACACCAAGACUUGACACGAAAGGCCACCGUCGUGCUCAGCUCCCUGCAGGACUUCCGGCCACAGCUGUUCGGCUUGCCACCCUAUGAGUGAGAGUGCCACCGCUGCCACCGUCCCCGCCCUCCCCACCCACUGCCCUGACCCGCACCGGUGAGGAAACGAUGCCAGCCGCUGGAUAGCUCCCGGAGUGCAGGCUGUCCAGCCGUCCCGCCUUCUCACAGCCCACCUCUGCCCUGGCCCUGGGGGACAUCCAAGUCCUUGGGAAGGUCACCUUCCUGGCUGGGCUGGCCUGGCCCACUCUAAAGUGUUGAUAAACCCUCCCUUGACACUUGCAGGGAAGCAAAGGAGAGAAAGCCCAGAAACUAAGAUCAGUCUUGAAUUACCAUUGGGAUAAGCAAACUGAUUCCCUGUGCUAAAGUGAAUAUACACAUGAACAUAUACAUAUGUACAUACAGAUGUGUAUAUGUAUGCAUUCUCAUGUGUAUAUGUCUGCGGGUGUGCAUGUAUUGUAAAAUAUGUGUGUAUACUUAUAAUUUACUUUUCCAAGACUAAAUGACACACUAAUUUGUGUUCAAUUAUUUUCUUUUUAGUUUGUUAAACACUGGCUGGAAAAUGUAAAAUAUGUAUACAUAAAUUUAUAUGCUUUUAUGUGUAUGUAUAUGUACACUUCAUUCUCCUCAGCACCUAUCUUAACAUGCAGUAGCAGCUGAUAAAAAUGAGAUGGUAAUUCUUUUUGAUUUAUAAUCUCACUGAAAAGUCAUGUUAUUGAUGACACCCAAGAAAUCAUUUCCUUAUUAGCAAAUAAAAUUCUUUUUGCUUCCCCAAAAUGUCUCUUUGGACUUUUACACGGGGACCAACUCUGAGCCAUAUCAUCAAUAGUUUCCUUUUAGUUUGAACAUAACUCUAGCAUAGGUCUUAUAUCAACACCCUUAUCCAUACUUGAGAAUGUUUACUACCUCAGAAAAAUUAUCUUCCUCCUUUAAGAACAUUGGUUUCCUGAAACAUUCUUUGAUGGAAAUGUGCUUUUCUUUCAGAAUGCACGCUUGGUAGGACCAAGCAACAGUUUAUUUGUAUGACACUUGAGUGAUUAGCCCCUUCUUAUCAAUUUGCUCAGCCUUUGGGAUUUGUUUCUAACAUUUCAGGGGAAAAAGCGAAGAUGGAGGAAUGGGGAACAGGGACCUCAGAGUGUUCUGUCUGGGCCACCCUUCUGGUGUUCUGCUGUUUAUUCUGUUAUAGAAACUGUAGUGGCUCACGAGCUCGACUGUCCGGCAAACUCAUUUCGGCAUUUCUUAUGGCCAGUGCCCAUGCCUGCUCUUUGGAUUGUCCUUCCAACCAGUUGCAAUAUCUUACCAGUCCCCUCACUUAUUUUGUGAAAUAAAAUCAUUGACACAUUA